GAACUUCAGAAUUGGUUUAUCCUCUGGCUGGAAUCUGCCAAGCCUGGAGAGAAGCCCGUACUUGUGUGCUGUUGGAACCAAUUUGCUCCAGGGAGUGAUGAGAGUCCCCUCGUUCCUACCUCUCCUUGCCACUGAGAGUGACUGGACUGACUCCAAGCCCUCACAGACUUUGGGCCAUAUGCUACUGUGGACAGCUGUGCUACUUCUGGCUCCUGUUGCUGGGACACCUGAUCUCCCAAAGUCUGUGGUGAAACUUGAGCCCCCAUGGAUCCAGGUACUGAAGGAAGACUACGUGACACUGAAAUGCCAAGGGGCCCGCAAUACUGAGGACCAUUCUACUCAGUGGUUCCACAACAGGAGCCUCAUCCUGACCCAGACCCAGCCCAGUUACAGGUUUAAGGCCAAGAACGAUGACAGUGGGGAGUACACAUGCCAGAUGAACCAGACGAGCCUCAGUGACCCUGUGCAUCUGGAUGUACAUUCCGACUGGCUUCUGCUCCAGACCUCUCAACUGGUAUUCCAGGAGGGGGACACCAUCAUAUUGAGGUGCCACAGCUGGAAGAACAAUCCUCUGAACAAGAUCACAUUCUACCAGAAUGGAAAUUCUAAGCAGUUUUCCCAUUACAAUAACAACUUCUCCAUUCCAUUAGCAAACCAAAGUCACAGUGGUGAUUACUACUGCAAAGCAAGUGUAGGAAGGAGGUCCUACUCAUCAAAGUCUGUGUCCAUCACUGUCCAAGGGUCCAAGUCAACCCACUCUUCACUGGCGGUGAUCAUUUUGCCUGUGGUGACCGGGAUUGCUGUAGCUGCCAUUGUGGCUACUAUAGUAGUCUUGAUCUACCUCAAGAGAAAACGGACUUCAGCUCUCCUGGGAAACCCUGAGCACAGGGAAAUGGGAGAGACCCUCCCUGAGGAACUAGGUGAGUACAGCAUUCCCUUUGGGGACUCAAUGAUGUCCCACCCCGGGCUGCCAGAUGGAUCAGAGCCAGCAACAAGUGGCUUGUCCAAUCCCACUGAUUAUGAAGAAGCUGCCAAAACUGAGGCUGAGAAUACAAUCUCCUAUUCACUUCUCAUGCACCCAGAAGCUCAGGAAGAAGAGCCAGAUUACCAGAACCGCAUUUAGUCUCCAUUGUGUUGCCCUGGAAUUUGGGGAAGAGAAUCAAAAGAAGUGAGGAUCUGGUGUCUACUGUCCUAAAUUUUCCUUGGAGAAGUUGAGGGAAUGCUGCAGUGGCAAAGAAGGUGAACUCUUCCAGAGUUACCUAUGUCAGUCCUCAGGUUUUCUGUCCUGAAACCAACAGAAAAUGUGGUCCCCAAUGACUGACUGUACUGAUUCCAUCUGUGCCUCAGCACUUCCCCACAUGAAGACUCUUCUGUUGUACAUCCACAAAGCCACAUACCGCUAAAAAAAAAAAAAAAAUUGUAAAAGAAGAUUAAUGUUACUAA